UUUCCUGCAGGAGUGCGUUUCCACCACRCAGAGGUUAAAGCAGUACAUGGAGGAGCUGAACGGCGUGUUGAUCACGGURAAGCAGCGUCAGGAGGAGGAGAAGCGACAGCUGUGUUCCCUCAGAGAUCAGCUGAGGCCGGUCGUCCACACAGAGCAGGACUCCUUACCGAAGCAGGUGUACAGUAUGCAUCAGCUGCUGGGGGAUAAACAGUAUGGAACAGAGAGAGCAGGGUUCCUCUACAAGAAGAGCGAUGGGUUGAGGAAAAUGUGGCAGAAGAGGAAAUGUUCAGUCCACAACUGUUACCUGACCAUCGCUCAUGCUACACCAAACAAACCUCCGACCAGACUGAACCUGCUCACCUGUCAGGUGAAACCAAGYGUGGAGGACAAGAAAUGCUUUGACCUCAUUUCUCAUAAUCGGACCUACCACUUCCUGGCUGAGGAUGAAGCAGAGUGUGUGGCAUGGAUCUCGGUGCUCAGUAACAGCAAGCAGGAAGCUCUGAGCAUGGCUCUGGAUGGGAGCAGGCGGGGGGGAGGAGGCGGGGAGAGCAGUGUCGAGGAUCUGACCCGAGCCAUCACCGACGACAUCCGACGAAUGCCUGGGAACAGCUGCUGCUGUGACUGUGGCGCUCCAGAUCCUGGAUGGCUUUCAACAAAUCUGGGCAUCCUGACCUGUAUUGAAUGUUCAGGGAUCCACAGGGAGAUGGGAGUCCAUGUCUCAAGGAUCAAGUCUCUGAGCCUGGACAGUUUGGGAACCUCAGAUCUGUUGUUGGCCAGAAAUGUUGGGAACUCUGGUUUUAAUGAGAUAUUGGAGGCAAAUCUGCUGAGUCCGUCACAGAAACCCUCCCAGCACAGCCACAUGGUGGAGCGCAAAGACUUCAUCCUGUCCAAGUACCAGGACGUGCACUUCGUGAGGCGGAGCGGCAGCUCUGCCGCCGUGCUGCGACUCGGCCUGCAGGAGGCGACCAAGAGCUGUGACAUCUACAGCCUGAUCCAGCUGUAUGCUCAGAGGGCGGAGCUUAGCCAACCGCUGCAYGCACACAUACAGGAAAAAGGCGAGACGGCGCUGCACUUGGCCGUCCUAUUGGCUGACAGGACGACGCUGCACAUCCUGGACUUCCUGGCUCAGAACUGCUCCAACGUGGACGUACAAACGUCAGCAGGAAACACAGCGCUGCACUACAGCUGCCUUCACAACAAGAGUGACUGCGUGAAGCUGCUGCUGAGGGCGCGAGCCAACACACACAUCAAGAACGAGUUAGGAGAAACGGCUCUGGACGUGAGUCGCCGGUUAAAGCACCGCGACUGUGAGGAGCUGCUGCAGCAGGUCCAGUCCAACCAGUUGGACCAUCACAUCCAUGUGGAGUACGAGUGGAGGCUUCGUCACGACGAUCUGUACGACAGCGACGACGACUUUGAUGACAAGAACGGUCCCGUGAAGAAGGAGCGCUUCUCCUCCUCCUCCUCCGUCUUCACCCCCUCCUUCUCCUUCUCCUCCCGCCCUUUCAGCUUCAGCCAGUCUUCYACCUCCUCCUCCUCCUCCUCGUCCGUCGCCCUGCCCCACUCCGCGGGACCAGGUGGAGGUCUUCUCAGCGUGGGGAGGAGGCUGGCCAUGGCCAUGGACCUUCACAGCCGAUCGUCUGGCCCCGCCCCCAGCCCUCCUCCUCCUCCUCCGUCUUCCCCUGCUCCCCCACUGCCUCCCCGGGUCAAAGCUCCCAGCGUGCCUCCUCCUCCUCCUCCUCCCGCUGAAGGAGAUGGAGUGAGGGAGGAAGAGGAGGAAGAGGGCGAAGUCUUCUUUCCCACGACAGGAAACAGAAGAAUGACCCCGCCUCCUCCCGUCGCCGUCCGACACAAGAGAACCUGCUCCGAGUCUAAUAAACAUGGUUUUCGACGGGCGGAAAGCGAGAACAGCGCCUCACACUUCCUGGACCCGGCCUGCGAAGCUCCGCAGAACGGUUCUCCCAUCAGCCAGCGCUCUCAGAGCUUUGAGAACGACACCCGAGGCCCCGCCCCUCAGCCGCUUCCUCGCAGAUCACUGCCUCGAGGAGCCAAUCGGCGAGCUCAGGCUCUGUACGACUGCCAGGCUGACCACCACGACGAGCUGAGCUUCUUCGAGGGUCAGGUGCUGGUGGUCCUGGGACAGGAGGACUGUGACUGGUGGCACGGUUACAUAGAGGACGAACCGGACCAGAGAGGUUUGUUCCCGUCCUCCUUCGUCCAGCUGCUCUCUGAUUGACGUAAACCAGGACCAGGACCAGGCCUCGAGGCCGGCACUAAUCCAGAUCGCUCCAGAAAGCAGAACCCGGUGCUAACGAGAACCAGACCAGACGACGACACUGAAUGGACCAGGUCCGACUCUGGGUCUAUCUCUCCUGAAGGAUCAGUCUCUCCAGCUUCCUGCGAUCAGGGUCCAGACACAACCUCAGGCCUUUUGUAACCACAGGAACAAUGUAAAUGACCUUUGAGUGAAGGUUUUCUUUUUUGUGGCUCAGGUCAGGUCCUGUCACACAACAAAUCAAUGCCUUUAUUUAUUUAUAAAUUAAAAAUGAUGUAAAAUAAAUUUAAUGAGCACAGAAGUGAGAAGAGGUCAGGUCAAGGAUCCUUUUUAAUUUGAAUUGUGCUGAUUUACUUCCUCCAUCCAGUUAUUUAUUUAUUUAUUCAAUCUGGAUUUUGUCAGGAUAUCAGUAACUGCUGCCACACAAAGGAUUUCAGGAUGACCAAAGCUCUUAAASAAAUUUAAAAAGCGCUCUGAGGAGCUUAAGUUAGACAUGAAUCCUGAAGUAAAAUGCUUCCAGCAGCCUCUGGGUCCCACGGUAUCAUCAGAGCAGCACGGCGCUGUCGCUGGUGAAGAAUUCAUUUCCUGUGUGUCUUUGGUUAAAAAACAUUUKGUUCCGCAGGAAGCACAUUGAGUCAACGUGAGUUCAAACCACUGAUGGACGAGUAAAACCUACAUUAUAUUUUAGAAACUGAUGGUUUGGUGAUUAAAUGAAUCUUGUUCUUUAGCUACACGUUGACCGUCUCACAGAAAGUCACACAAAGUGCUGCUUUCAUCAAMAGUGUUCAAACAAACAGUUUUGCAUCUUAAACUGCUUCUAUUCUGCUAAAAACAUGCUUUCUGUCCAUGUUAGUAAAAAUAAACUGAUGGCAUGAAUCUGCACUUCAAAUCCUCUAGAUAAAAAAAAACAACAAAAGGCACAACUGGGCUGUUUCAGGUGUUUAUUUUCCUCGAAGUGAUGCCGUUGGGUACUGUCCUGUUCGCUCCUCCCCAGUUUCAUGAAUCUAAUGUUUGGGAGAAGUUUAACUUCCUGACUUGAAACCCGAGGGGUUGGAUGAAAGCUCCAGUUGUUUAAUCUACAGAACGUAAUCCUACAAGUUUACAAAGGAAUUACAAGUUAAUCCUCACCUUAAAGCAGCCCUGAUU